GUUACCACUGAGCCAGCCUCUACCGAGGAAGCAACCACGGAGGAGGUUACCACUGAGCCAGCCUCUACCGAGGAAGCAACCACGGAGGAGGUUACCACUGAGCCAGCCUCUACCGAAGAAGCAACCACGGAGGAGGUUACCACUGAAUUAGCCUCUACCGAAGAAGCCACCACGGAGGAGGUUACCACUGAGCCAGCCUCUACCGAGGAAGCAACCACGGAGGAGGUUACCACUGAGCCAGCCUCUACCGAGGAAGCCACUACGGAGGAGGUUACCACUGAGCCAGCCUCUACCGAAGAAGCAACCACGGAGGAGGUUAUUACUGAGCCAGCCUCUACCGAGGAAGCAAGUACGGAGGAGGUUACCACUGAGCCAAGCUCUACUGAAAUAGCCACUACGGUGGAGGUCACGACUGAGGAAGGAACUACUGAAGCAGCGUCUACCUGGGGCGGUACCACCAAGGCGGCAGACACUCAGCCACACCCGUCGGAGCCUUGUACCAUUAUGAUUACCGCAACUGUUGACUGUUUUGUCGCUUUCCUCUACAAGAUUCUUCCCAUGUUGCGCCCCAACGAUGCGCAAACAGUUACCGCCAGACUUAGGGGUGCUCAUGCUUGA